GAAGUUGCAUCUGGUACUUUCUGCCAUCCGAGAUGGAGAAAGACUAAAAUUUAUUAUUAGGUUAUUUGCUGCUGAAUGUGUAAAUAGUGAAUAAUGGCUACAAAGGGGCUGUAUUACACCCCUCCGGGAACGGACGGGACAGAUCAUGCUUUUAGGCAACGCGUAGCACCCCAAUAUGCUUUAAGUGCUUUAAAUAAAUCGAGACUCAAAUAUUGUAUAUUUUUCCAUUACCUGUUGUUUUUUGCAAUGCUGGCAAAACUAUCGGCUGAUAUUUUAGAUAAAUUAGAUAUUUUCAUUUUAGAAAUCGAAGAACUUAGCAUUCCUCAGCCUCUUUGGUGGGAAUACAUUUGGUGCAUUAGUUUGUUACUCUCUUUCUUGGGUUUAACAGCAAUCAAAGAAAACAGAGUUUCAAUCAUGAAACAAUAUGUGUCAGGGUUAUGUCUUUUUGGAUUCUUGCCAUUAUUCUAUGCCAUUAUUUACUAUUUUGGAGAUGUAUGGACGUAUCUCACUUCAGACGAUGAAGAUGAACUGGAAGACAUCCACAUCUGGCAAGGCUACCCAUAUGGAUUGUUAUGGUAUGCAUUUAUUUUACUGGCCCUUCAAGUUCACACGUUUUCUGUUUACUUUGCCUGGAAUCUGAUUACUGCCUGGUCUAAGGGCGCGAAAAAAUCCUAAUCUCUGACAAUCCCUUUGGUCAAUUGUUUGAUGCAAACAAUACAAUUGAAAAAGACAAAAAUUUUCAUCAUUUUAAAUUGAUACAAUACAUUGUGUUCAUGUUCUGUAUUUACAGUGAAAUCACUCUAAAUGGAAAGUUUACAUGUUAUUUAUUUGUAAAAGCUUGUUUAUCUUUAGGGUAAAAGUGAAACUUUGUUGUCUAGUCAGUAUUGACUUUUUUGUUUGAUAAAAAUUAUAUAAUACGUUGUGCUUACAUAUUUUGUUAUCACUUUGUUAUCCCACUUUUUAGAUAUAUAUAUAUAUAUAUAUAAUAUGUAUGUACGUACAUGUAUAGUAGACGAUUUGUAUAUACACUGUCUGUCUUUUAUAAAAAUGUCUAACUUUGAUAGCACCUUCUACAGAUUUUGAUUAUAUACAGUCUGUUUUUAUAUGAAUAUUCUAUAAACGUAACGAUGCAAUAAUAAGGGAUAAGGUGUAGCUUAUUUUUGAGAUGAUUUGGAGAUUUCACUGUAUUUUGUUCUGUACAUUUCAUUUUGGGGAUAAGUAUUUAUGGAAAGGUGUGAUUGUUGCAAUAUUUUCCUAAUAAUAAAUAUAUUUUUAAAUUAA